AUGUCACUAACCAACGCUUCUCCCUCUGACGCCGCCCAGGCUGCCAAGUCGGCAUCCCAUGUGCUCGCGACUCUUUCGGCCGAUGCCCGGAACGAAGCCCUCGAGGCCAUCCACGCCGGACUAACUGCCGCCCGGGAUGACAUCCUCGCCGCCAAUGCUCGCGAUCUCGAGCUGGCUCAGAAGGCCGCAGCUGACGGCAAGUUGAGCCAGAGCCUCGUCUCCCGCCUCGACCUAAGCAGGAAGGGCAAGUGGGAGGACAUGCUCAAGGGUAUCCUCGAUGUGCGCGAUCUCGAAGACCCCGUUGGCAAGGUUACCCUGCGCACCCGCAUCGACAACGGCCUCGACCUUGAGAGGGUUACAUGUCCGAUCGGUGUGCUCCUCAUUAUCUUCGAGGCCCGUCCCGAGGUCAUUGCCAACAUCGCCGCCCUCGCCGUCAAAUCAGGCAAUGCCGCCAUCCUCAAGGGCGGCAAGGAGUCGACCGAGUCCUUUAUCGCAAUCUCAAACGUCAUCUCGGCCGCCCUUGAAAAGUCACAGGUCCCCAACGGCGCCAUCCAGCUCGUCACCACCCGCGAUGUAAUCCCACAGCUGCUCGCCCUCGACAGCCACAUCGACCUCGUCAUCCCGCGCGGGUCCAACGACCUCGUCCGCUACAUCAAGAACAACACUCGCAUCCCCGUGCUCGGCCACGCCGAUGGCCUAUGCGCCAUCUACCUCGAGCAGUCUGCCGACCCAUCCAUGGCCGCUGAGGUCAUCUUGGACUCCAAGACCGGCUACCCCGCCGCCUGCAACAGCCUCGAGACCCUCCUCGUGCAAGACGCCGCCCUCCAAGCCCACCUCCCCGCCGUCGCCACCGCGCUGGCAGCGAAGGGCGUCGAGCUGCGUUGCGACGCGCAGAGCAAAGCCGCCCUGGCGGACACGCCCGGCCUGACGCUCGUGGACGCGACCGACGCCGACUUCUCGACCGAGUUCCUGGCGCUCACGCUGGCGGUCAAGACGGUGUCCUCGCUCGACGACGCCAUCACCCACAUCAACACGCGCGGCUCCCACCACACCGACUGCAUCCUGACGGCGUCGGCCGAGCAGGCGGAGCGCUUCAUGGCCGCCGUCGACUCGGCGGGGGUGUACUGGAACGCGUCGACCCGCUUUGCCGACGGCACCCGCUACGGUUUCGGUACCGAGGUCGGCAUCAGCACCAACAAGAUCCACUCGCGCGGCCCGGUUGGGCUGGAGGGGCUGAUGAUUUACAAGUAUAAGAUUCGCGGGCAGGGACAGGUGGCGUCGUCGUAUGGGGACGGGAAGAAGCCGUUUUUGCAUCAGAGGUUGAGUUUGGAGUAG